AUGGGACGGCGAUAUUUCGAAGACCUAUUUGUCUUGAAUCCACCACCGAACAAGCGCAGUCGUUCAUCAUUGGUGCUACAGCAAGCUAAGCUGGUUCCUGUUUUUAAUUAUGACGAUAAUUUAAAUAGGUUCGGAUUUGAAAAAGAAGAUAGCGAUGAAGACUCUGAAAAUAUCAAAUCAAAAGAUUUGAAUGCCUCACGAAUAUCACUUCCUUCGACGCUUCCAUCAUCGGUGAUAGAUGUAUCAAGAACUUGUAAAAGAAGAGUCUCGGUUGCUUCGAAAAUAUGCAAAUCCAAGAAAUCGUCAAUUUGGAAACAGAAGAUUGGGACGUCUGAUGAUGGUUUCUCACUGCAUAAAUCAUUUAAGCUGAGUGAUAAGGUUGAUUUGGUCGACGGAGAAGUUCAGAAAAGUAAAUCUGAAAAAGUUGAUGAGAACCUGGAGAAGCCGUUUAAACGGAUUGAUGGCCUGUAUUCGAAUCAUUGUAAGAAACCGUUCAUUAUAGUAAAGCGAACGAAAGUUCUUGCUGGAGCUAAGUUCAUCAAUGAUAAGCACAGUUCCUCAGGACAAGGAUCUGAAGAUAAUGAUGGUGGUAAAGAUUUUGAGUUUUCUGGAAUAUUGGAAAAUCUCACUGAACUAGAUUCUCAUUCCGGAACUAAUUCGAUUAUUCAUUCUGAAAAGAAUCGAAAAAUAAGACGACAACAUAACUCAGUAUGCAAAAGCAGGCGGUUAAUUGCAGAAAAGAAAUCGAACGAUCAAUAUGCCACAUGUGGUAUCAUUUCGAACGUGUGUGCAAUAAGAGUCGAAACUCUAGAGGCAGUUUAUCGUCGUUUACACACUUCUGAGAUUCCAGAACGGUUGCCUUGUAGGGAAGCGGAAUUCGAUAGGAUAUGUGCAUUUAUAAAAGGAUGCGUUACAAAUGAUGCGAUUUCGCAAGCAAUGUAUGUAAGUGGUGUACCAGGUACUGGUAAAACCGCAACCGUACUGCAGGCUGUGCGUCAUCUGAAAGCUUCAGAGAAUUUUUCUGGAUUUAAUUUUGUUGCGGUUAAUGCAAUGGAGCUAUCAGAUCCGAAACAAAUAUUUGUCAAAAUUUACCAGGAUUUAUUCAGUUUAAAGAAGAAAAUCGCACCAAAGUCAGCACGAAAGAAACUGAACGACAUUUUUCAGUAUCGUGACAAGAAACGAUUACCAAUUAUUGUUUUAAUUGAUGAGCUGGACCUGUUAAAUACCAAAAGGCAAGAAAUAAUUUACGAUAUAUUCAAUUGGUCAGCAAAUGAAGAAUCGCUUGUAAGUGUCAUAGCUAUUGCGAACACUCUCGAUCUUCCGGAAAGACUUUUUUCGCAACGCGUUUCAAGUCGAUUGGGUGCUAACAGGCUUUGUUUUCAACCGUACGAUCAUGAUGAAGUUGCAUACAUCAUCCGAGAUCGCCUACGUAAUUCAACUGCUGUUGAAGCUGAAGCUAUUGAAUUAGCAAGCCGAAAAGUAGCAGCUAUCUCUGGUGAUCUACGAAAAGCCCUUGAUAUCCUUCGAAGUGCUACAGAGCUUGCGAUCAGUGCUAAUCAGAAACAACUUACGAUGAAAAACGUACAAGAGGCUAUUCGCCAAGCAUCAACAAGUGUUAGGGUUGAGUUGAUACGAGCUUUACCACGUCAUUCUAUUCUGCUUCUUCGUGCUGCUCUUGCUGAACAGUUGAGUUCAGGCUUGGAUGAAUUCCAGUUUCACCUUCUUUUCAAACAGUAUCGCUUGCAAUGCAAUGUUGCAAAUAUUAAUCCUAUGUCGACAAGUGCUACUUAUCGAAAUGCUAUGGAAAUGUGUAGUGAACGAUUAUUAAUAGCAGCGUCCGGAGCUGGUAGUAUGACUCGACGUUUCCGUCUUGGAAUGACAACCCAUGAUAUACAGUUUGCUUUCAAGCAGGUCGAUGAAUCAGUCUUUUAA